AUGCUAAAAACACGUCCAGGCGUCUGUUUGAAUUUUCAUUUAAUUCUGUUUGCUUUUGUUUUAAAAGAAUAUACUAGAUGUCAUGUCGUGUUUUUGCCUUCAGUCCUUGUUGCAUCUGGUCCAAGAGCAUCUGCCUUUCUGGUUGGUGAAGUGACUGACGUGUCUCUGACCAUCAGCAGCGUCUCACCGUCCAACGCUACCGGACGCCUCCCUCCAGCCUCCUGCGUGCCGUCUAGUCUCAGUCAAUGGACCGUGUCACAAGAGCUGAUGGGAAAGAACAGCCUCUUGGUGCACGUGAGUCUGAACCGCCGCCGCCUACAGCUGUGUGCCAGUACGAAUGAGACAAACUGCUGUGUCGAGCCGCUGUGUGUGAGCGAGACCGUCAGGGUGUGUGCAUGCCUGGACAACGUUCCCCAGGCCACGCUCAUCAUCCAGGCUCGGAUCUACGCCCAGCUGCUUCCCACUGGCCCUGUAUCGGACAAUAAAACCGUGAUUCCUAAUCAAGUCUUCCAGCCACUUGGUCAGUGUCCAUGUGACUUGACGGCAAAAGCGUGUGACACAAGAUGCUGCUGUGACCAGGACUGUGCCCCAGAGCUGUUGUGGCUUUUUGUUGGUCGGUGUCUCCCUGGCCCAUUUGGAGGGAUUAUCUCUCCUGUUCCUGACUACGUCUGCUCCGCUCAGUCGGCUGAAAAUGCUCCUGACUGGUUCCCUUUUCUCUGCGUCACCUCUCCUUUAGAGAACAACCCGUUCCUUGGGCUUUUUUACGACGGCACUACUGUCACUCCGAAGCCUGCUCCGUCUUUCCAGACUCAGCAGAUGGCAGCACCUGUACCUCCUACAAGCUACCGCCAGGGGGCGCCCAUCUUCACCACAGACUACCAGUACUUCACCAUCCCACAGGUGUCCAUGCUGGGGCAGUGCUUGGAGAAGGCUCCGGUAGCGUUCCUGCAGAACUUUGAGGCGGUGUGUGUGAGAACCCUGCAGUCCUGCCCUGCUGCAACAGCCGAGCUCAGCGUGGCAGUGAGAGAUGGACAAGGAGGAGUGGUCACAGUGGUCGUCGAGGAUGAAGUAGUGACAGAUCUCAGCCUUUUCUUAUCAGGUCCUGCUAAUCCGGCAGCUGGGACACAGUUGUGUGUGAAUGUGGUUCUGUCUUUAAGUUAUACAUUUCAGUGGAAGAGGAACGGCAUUACAGCGAUCAGUGUGACCCGCUGUAUUGGAAACAUCACCCUCAGUCCUGGAGUGACGCUGACGACCCGAUACUCUGCAGUGUUCGUGAAUGGAAAUAUCACAGCUCAGCCUAACUCGGGCAACCCAGGUUAUCAGGUGGGAAGGCCGGUGAUUGGUGGAGUUUUGGAUGAUGCUACCGGAGCUGUAGGGAGAGCUCCAAUCAACCUCUGGCAAGGAGUGAGAGAUGGCAUGUGCUCCUCUGCUGACCUGAGACCAGUCCUCUAUGGGAUAAACUCAACAUCUGGGUGUCUGAUGCCUGUCAGUUUGCUUAAUCUCAGCGAGUGCAGCCAGCUCAGAGAAAGUGUUCGCUCCACUUUGGCUGCUCUAGUCCCUGCUAUGUUGGUUUCCAGAACAGGCAAACCAGAUUUCUCCACACUGACCAACUGGACCCAUAUCACUAUACAGAAGUCUAAUCAGACAGCAGGGGGCUCCAGGGGUGUGUGCACUGGCGUUCCAGCUCACCUCCAUAUUCACAUCAGAAGUGUCGUCAUGGGAACCAUAGGUGGGGUACCACAAAAAAUGAUCCAGGCUGUGGAGAUAAAUUUUAAGGAGUCUACAUGGCGUUUAGAGUGUGAUCCAGGUCAGGGAACCGUCUGUGUGACCCCAGACCUGACCCAGACUUUCCCUGUGACCUCUUCUGUGACCUUUACCGAGGCUCGUAUCAGCACACAAUCCCCCAUGUCCAGGUUUAGCAUUAACUUCACAGAGUUUGACUGUGACAGGAAUGACGUGUGCUGGCCCGAGCUUGCCUUCCCUCUCACACCUUAUUACACUGGUGAGCCGUACUCUCAGGCUCUGGCUAAAGGACUCAUCCUUGUCUUCUUCUUUAUCGCUGCAUCUGUCUUGGGAACACCAUGGAGACAAAUCAGACAGGCGUGGAGCAAUAGCUCGCUCUAGAGUGUGUGUGUGUGUGUGUGUGUGUGUGUGUGUGUGUGUGUGUGUGUGUGUGUGUGUGAGAGAGACUGAUUCCUGAUAAAGUUCAUGGAGGGGGAAAAAAGACUAAUUCAGUAUUAAGUCAUGACCUGUGUUCGAAAUCACUCACUAUAUAGGGCACUAUAUAGUGAGGACGCCAUUUUGUAGUGCUGUCCGAAACCUUAUUUACACCCUAUAUAGUGCACUCAAAGUAUCCCACAAUGCAUCACAAAAAGUAGUGUACAGCGAUGGUCACUAACCAAAGUGAUAUAUCCCAUCAUGCAUUGUGGUCGCGCUGAAAGAAAUCAAAUUAAAAGCCUCAAAUUUGAUUGAAUAAAAGGCAGCAGCAAAGAAGAAAGAAAGGAUUCAGCCUUGAUUUAAAAGAACUGAAAGACGCAGGUACUCUGUAUUGGUUAAUGUUGGAAAUGCGCUCAGUAUAAUAUGGAUUUAUUAUUUUGAAAACCCACCAGCCAUAGACAUAUAAACACAGACGCCGCAUUGAGCCUGGUGGCCCGUUGCUGUGAUACGUCAGAGUGUCCGCCAUAUUGGAUGUGGCAAAUCUUCCCCGUAAACCAAUGCAAGUAAAUGGACUGAACUUCAUAAAGCCCCUUUCUACAAUAAUAUUUAACUCGAUGCCUUUUAUUCACCCAUUAAGACACACACGUAUAUAUUUGGGAAACAAACAGGCAUCAAAACAACACAUAUAACUUUUAAUGUGAUGGUUAUAAAUAGUGUGCGAAAUACCCUGUACACUGCAAACUAGCGACAGAUACGCGAUAGAUACAGUGGUGCCUGAAAGUUUGUGAACCCUUUAGAAUUUUCUAUA